GUCACGGAACGAACGGCGAGGGACUUUUUGAGGGGAGGGAACGGGGCGGGGCUUGUGGGGCUCGCUUCCGGUCCGCGCUCGGGAGGGCGACGCGGCUCUUAGCGGGCCGAUGUUGUGGCGCACAUGGCCUCCGCCGCCGCCACCUCCGCCAACGUGACGCCACCGGGGUCCCUGGAUGAGGACCAGGUUGGGUUCCCGAAGGAGAUCCUGGGCACAGAGCUAGAGGGCAAGUACCUGUGUUCGGAGUGUGGGAACAUCCUGCGGCGUCCCUUUCAGGCCCAGUGUGGACACCGCUAUUGUGCCAGCUGCCUCCAGAGGCUCAUCAGCUCAGGGCCCCAGAAGUGUGGCGCCUGCAUCCAGGAGGGGAUCUACGAAGAGGGCGUCUCUAUCCUGGAAACGGGUUCGGCCUUCCCGGACAAUGCGGCCCGUCGCGAGGUGGAGAGUCUCCCCGCCAUCUGUGCCAACGAGGGAUGCGCCUGGAAAGGGACCAUCAAGGAAUAUGAAAGUGGCCACGGAGGGAGCUGUCCCUGGGCGCUGGCCGCUUGCCCUUCCUGCCGGGGCCCCGUCCGGCGGAGGGACCAGGAGCGCCAUGCCGCGCGGGAAUGUCCCCAGCGGAGCCUCAGCUGCAAGUUCUGCAAGGCCCUCUGCCUCUUCCCCCAGAUCAAGGCCCACGACGAGGUCUGCCCCAAGUUCCCCCUCACCUGCGAGGGCUGCGGGAAGAAGAAGAUCCCCAGGGAAAAAUUCACGGACCACGUCAAGAGCUGCAGUAAAUACAAAGUGCCCUGCAGGUUCCAGCCCAUCGGAUGCAACGUGGUGGUGGAGAACGAGAGUCUUCCGGAGCACGAGGGCCGGAGCCUGGCGGAGCACCUCUACCUGCUGCUGGGCUUUGUGCUGAGCCUGCGCCCGGAUCCCCCCAGGGCCACCUCCUUUUCCGGGCCGGGGCCCCUCUCGGUGCCAGAGGAGGGCUCCCCUUUGCGGCUCCUCUCGGGACCCGACCCCCCCGGCUUCCUGGAGCUUCUGGGCCGGUGCCAGGUCCUGGAGCAGAAGGCCACCACCUUCGAGAACAUCGUCUGUGUCCUUAACCGGGAGGUGGAGAGGGGGGCCCUGGCCGCCGAGGCCCACCUCCUCCAGCACCGCCUGGACCAGGAGAAGAUCGAGGCCCUCAGCACCAAGGUGCGCCAGCUGGAGCGGAGCCUGGCCUCGAAGGACCUGGCCCUGGCAGAGAUGGAGCACACCCUUCAGGAGAUGGAGGCCGCCUCCUUCGAUGGGAUCUUCAUCUGGAAGAUCUCGGACUUUGCCAAGAAGCGCCAGGAGGCCGUCGCCGGGCGCUCCCCGGCCAUCUUCUCCCCAGCCUUCUACACCGGGAAGUACGGCUACAAGAUGUGCCUCCGCAUCUACCUCAACGGGGACGGCACGGGGCGGGGCUCCCACCUCUCCCUCUUCUUCGUGGUCAUGAGGGGCCCCUGCGACGCCCUCCUGCGCUGGCCCUUCAACCAGAAGGUGACCCUGAUGCUGCUGGACCAGAACCACCGUGAGCACGUGAUCGACGCCUUCCGGCCAGAUGUCUCUUCCUCUUCCUUCCAGCGGCCGGUCAGCGACAUGAACAUCGCCAGCGGCUGCCCGCUCUUCUGCCCUCUGUCCGUCAUGGAGAGCCAGAACUCUUACCUGCGGGACGACACCAUCUUCGUCAAGGCCAUCGUGGACCUCACUGGACUCUGAGCCUUCCUGAUGUCGGACGUUGAGGAAACAGCUCGUUCUUUGGGAGGGAUCCCUUUUCGUGGUGCUGACCGCAAUGCCUUCGUCCGAAAGGGGGGUGGGGAAGAAGAACACCCCUCUCUACCCCUCUUUUUUUUAAGAUGCAUAUCUAUAUCUUUUUGGUGCCGUCCCCAAAUGAGCGGGAUUCGAACCCCGCGACAUUUGGUGGGAAAGUGUCCCGGAGUGGAUCCGGCCCGCUUUCAGACGGGACAGGAUAGGACCAGAAGGCAAGGGAUAUUACGCGGGGCAGAAGACCUUAGGCCUCGUAAUCCACUUGGCACCUUAUAGGUUGGGAUCUGUAGUUCUGCAAAUCCCUGGUAUUUCAAAGAGAUGCGCAGUUGAGAGUGUGUUGUCCUCCACCCCGGGUGUUUCCCACAUUUACGAUCUCAGCAAAAGGGCUUUAAUAUACAUCUAGGCCGGGCAUGGGCAAAUUUGGGCCCUCCAGGUGUUUUGGACUCCAACUCCCACCAUUCCUAACAGCCUCAGGCCCUUUCCUUUCCCCCCUCAGUUGCUUAAGCGGAAUGGUGGGAGUUGGAGUCCAAAACACCGGAAUGGUGGGAGUUGGAGUCCAAAACACCUGACGUUUGCACAUGCCUAAUCUAGUCCUCCCCCUUUAUAAUGCCCCCCAAUUGAAGGCCUGCUUUGUGCAAAGGCAGGAGCCUCUUUUCCCCCCGAGAAAAACCUAAAAAGAGACUUCUUCCUUUCAGUUGAGUCCCAACUUGACCGCUCGGAAGAGGCCGGCUGACCGACCCGUUUGUUUGUUUACAUCUCUCUCCUUUGGGGACGGCAAAUGCGGGUGGACCCAUGUCCCCACCUAUUAUUAUUAUUAUUAUUAUUU